AUGGGCGGCCUUGGCCUCCGACUUUUGCUUUCCGGUAUAACGCGCUAUCAUUCACCGCUAGCGGACCACGCAUUUUCCUAUAAAGACGACCUCUCUUCAACGCUAUUCAACAUUCAAUAUGCCUCCAGAGCCAGCUUCAAACUCACCACCGUCCUAGUUGGCCUGUGGGAGGGUAUUGUCACACUUCACUAUCUCAAGAAAAUGCCCAACUCUUGGGACCCAUACAUUGCCUAUGGGGUACGACUGUUCAUUGACUUGAUUGUGACGGAGAGUAUUGAGCGGUUGGUUGUGGUGGUGAUAUGGACUGGGUUGGGGAUGGUGCUGGCGGACGUGACGCCCGGGAUUUGGAGAGAAGUUGGUUUGCAUCGGAUUUGGCGGAGGACGAGGAGGGACUUGUACACGAUUUCCAGGAUCGUGGAGAAGGGCGUCCCCAAGGUCGCUCUUCCUCCUCUGCCCCGUGUCCGUGUCGUCCGGUUCUCUGGGGAAGACAGGGAAGAAGAAGCCAGGGCUGAGCGCGAGAGGGAGCGAGAAGAACGCAGGAGAGAACGGAGAGAGAGACGCGCCGAGGCUGAAGCUGCUCGCCAAAUUGAAGAGGACGAGGAAGACGAGUCCAUCUCGGCGCCGGUUACCCCUUCGAUUCUUCAACCUCCGUCGUCGACUAUCGAGACCGCGACCGUGGCGAGUGCAAGGAGACGAACGACACCUGCCGCCCAGUCAGAACUGGCUUCUAUCCUGGACCGGACACCGUCGGCGUCAACUUCUGCAUCAACUUCUGCAGUCGCCACACCAGUCAUUGCCACCGUUUCGAGCAGCAGGAGUCGCGAACGUGAAUUUGUGGUCCAGCGGGAACCAGCCAAGGAACGCGAACGCUUCCCCAUUGGUCUUCCAACGCCCGACACCACUGUUGCGAACGCUCGUCCAACACCGUCCCGUUCAGUGCGCCAAUUCUUGUUCGAAGACAACAUUCCGACCUCGCCUACCCCCUCCACUACGUCUACCACCGACCUCGACUUCAGCGUCGACGACGACCUGGACGAUGAUAACCGUUCUUCCUCGGCUGCUUCCUUCACGGCUGCUUCGUCACCCUUCACUUCCGCUUCCAAUCUCACUCCUCGUAUCGAGCUCCUGAGCCCUCCAGGCUCCGAGUACGAUCUCCAGGAACCGGAUACUCCUCAAUUCACAGGUCAACGACUUCAGUUCCUGGAUACAGCAAUGGACAAUGCUCCCGAAGUCGAUGCAGAGUUCGAGCUCAUGAGCGAUAUCGCUGCGGAAGAAGAGAUGCUCGCUAUCGCUGGUGGAACCGGAAAGUACGACGACGAUUACGACGACGAAGUCGCCACUCCCCGAGCUCGCCACCCGUAUCUCCCACCCACCCCUUCGGAUUCUGCUGCUCGCUUCAGCGUGUCUGGAAGGAGGCCUGUUACGAUGGGAAGGCGAGACUUGCCACCUGCAGACGAGUCCGCCUCCAUGGAAGAGGAAGAACAUGUCGUCGUCCCUCCUGCCGCCUCGCUUGAACAGAUCCCCGACGAUGAACCAGAGCCCCCGAAGGAACAAACCAAGGAAGAGCGACCACCCACACCACCCGCCAAGGACGACAUUCCUGCUGGUUACCGCUCCCCGCCCCCUACCGCAGCUGCCAAGUUGAAGUCUUCGUCCUCGAAGAAGGCUGCCUCGUCUAUCGGUGUCCGCCCUUCCGAGAAACCCAAGAAGUCGUCCAAGAGCAAGAGCGUGGUCAGUGAAGGAGCCCAGACUCCCCAGCUCGGUUCAUUCACUACUCAGUUCAAUCUCCCCGCCCCCGCUCCUGCUCCGACCCCACCUCCCAUCUCGGUGGCCACUUCCGGGCUUCAAGUUCCCAACGCUCCAGUCGGUGUCGCCAUGAUUACGCCUGUUUCUGCCGACCGAGAUGUACCAGCCGCCAAUGUUCCUGCCCCUCAACCUCAAACCAUGGCUCCGCAAUCGUACAUGGCUGGGUCGGGUGUUCCUGUUCCCCCUACUCCCGGUACUCUCCUUGGCGGGUUCGGCAACCCUGGUAUUACUCACGGAUAUUCCAACCGCUACGAGGAUGACAGGAGCACGGUUCUGCCACCUGCCUACGAAGACUGGACUGGACAUCGGGACAGUCAAGAGGAGGAGGAAGAUGAUAUGUAUCUCGACGAGGAGACUUCAAGGAUUCACACCGAGGCGUAUCGUCAGGCUUUGGAAGCUGAGACUGAGGCUUCUCGUGUUCAGGACGUACCUAAGAAAACCUACUCGACUGUCUCGAGGCGGACAUCACCGCCCAAGGAACCCGCACCUGUCCAACAAACCGUCGCGCCCGUCCUUACCAGUGAACCUGCACCCAUGUUCCAAUCUCCGCCCAUCUCCCCUGUCUCACCUCUUGCACCCACCUGGGGAAGGAAGGACGAACCACCCAAGGAUCGUAAAGGCCGAAGCGGACGCGGUAGCAUCGAGAACAAGCGCACCGAGCCCGUCAAGAGUCUCGUCAAUUUCUGGGCUGGCAAGGACGACGCUGGGUCUGUCAUCGGCACCCGAAGCGAUAUUGGCCCAGUUGGAGGAAGGAGGCCCAGUAUCAGCCGGGCUGCAGGUAGCAUGAGCACAGUUGGAACAGGUACCCGCGCACCUCUCGAUACGAGCGCGAUCUACCGACCUUCAUCCAAGUCGAAGUCCCGCUCCAACUCUGUCUCAAGGGCGAAGACGAAGGAGCAGCAGGAGGAGGAGGACGAAGCUGCUAGGGUGGCUGCUGCUGCUAUCGCUUCAGCUGAGGCUUUGAUCGCGCAGCAAAGGUUGGAGGACGAAGAGGAAGAGAGGGAGAGGAGGAGGAAGCGUGAGUUGGCGGAGGAAGAGGAGAGGAAGAGGGUUGAGAAGGAGAUGGCGGAGGCUGCUGCUGAGGUGGAGAGACUCAGGUUGGAGGAAGAGGAGAGACAGCGCAAGGAAGAAGAGGAGAGACUUCGUCUCGAGGCCGAAGAGCGAGCCAGGAAGGCGGAGGAAGAGCGUUUGGCUCAGGAGGCUGAGGAACAAGCUCGUCGGGAAGAAGAGGAGCGUCUUGCUCGGGAGGCUGAAGAAAAGGCACGUCAGGAGGAAGAAGAGCGCCUUGCCCGUGAAGCUGAAGAACAAGCCCGUCGAGAGGAAGAAGAGCGCCUUGCCCGUGAAGCUGAAGAGCGAGCCCGUCGAGAGGAGGAGGAGCGCCUUGCUCGCGAAGCCGCCGAGGAGAAAGCCCGACUGGAGGAGGAAGAGCGCCAGCGCCUGGCUCGUGAAGCUGAAGAGAAAGCUCGUCAAGAGGAGGAAGCCCGCCUUGCAAAGGAAGCUGAAGAAGCUGCUGCUGCCGAGGCCAAGCGCAUUAGGAAAGAGGAGAAGAAGAGGAGAAAGGCGGAAGAGAAGGCAAGGAAGGAGGCUGAGGAGGCUGCUGCGGCUGAGGCUGAACGCAAGCGUCUCGAAGAGGAGGAAGCCGAGCGCGAGCGUCAACGCAUCGCUGCAGAGGAGGCUGCUGAAGAAGAGCGGCGCCGACAGGAAGAGGAGAGGCUGCGCGAGGAAGAGGAAGAACGCAAGAGGAAGGCACAGGAGGAGGAACAAGAGAGGAGGUGGAAACUCGAGAUGGAGGAGCGCGAGAGGUUGUUGGCUGAGGAGGCCGAGAAGAAGAGGAAGGAAGAGGAAGCUGCUGCUGCCGAGGAAGAGAAGAAGAGGCUUGAGGCUGAAGCCGCUGCCGAGGAGGAGAAGCGAAAGGCUGAGGAAGCGGCUAAAGCUGAGAAGGCCGCUGCUUCCGAGAAAGGUUCGACAUUGUCUUUCAACAGGAACAAGGAAUUACCACCCAUCGUCGAUGCCGACGCCGACAAUCAGCCUCCCUCCGUCUUUGGUUCAGGACUCGACGUUAACAAAUUCGACAAGGGACCCUACGAUGCUUUCGAUGACCCAUUUAGCCAGCCGAACGACGGUGACGUCCCUACUACACCCACUCAAGAGACAACAAAUCUCGCGGGUAUCGGUGCUGGUGGGCGCAGCGACCUUGGACGUGCAAGAAGCGAAGUUCAACAGCGCGAGGCCUCACCUGCUCCCGUUAUCACGGUCGACCCCGGUAGUGCCAACGCCAGUAUGAAUGCUGACGCCGAUGCCGAUGCGGAAGGUGAGGCGGAGGGCGAGGGCAACGACCAGGAUGCUUUGGGUGCCGAUGGAGAUGACCUCGCUUCGGUCUCAGUUGCGACCAGCGCUACUGCUGUCUCUGCAGACAUCGAGAAGCGAAUGCAGAAGACGUUCUCGUUGCGCGCUCAAAAGACUGAUGUAGAGCGUCGACUGGAAGAGAUCAAGGCCAAAAACGCCCCCGAGGACGUCGUCAAGGCCACCGAGCGCGUAUUGAGGAAGUACGAGAAGAAGCUCAGGCGGUAUUACGAGGAUUGCCAACAGCACUCAUUCUACUACUCGCACGCCCCCACCGACCUCCUGUUGAUGAAGAUGAGCCCCGAAGUUGCACGAGACCACAUCAACGAAACUCUCCUCUGGCAUAUCGUUCCUGACCGACAAUCGUUCGCGUUCAGGAUCACGCUUCCUCCAACCAACAAUAAGGCCGGCAAAGCGCUCAAGGCAGCUAUCCUCAGGCACCUGGAAGAUGAACUCAAUAUCAAGCCAGUCACUGAUAGAGCCAAUGGAAGGGUGGUGCAUGUCACCAUUGACGAAAACGAAUUCGACGAGUGGGUUGCGGAGCAUCGUCGUGCUGCUACUGCUGGUGAAUCGUGAUAGACGAUGAAACAUUUUUAUUUUUUCCUUUUCUUGCUCGAAUUCUCCGACGACGUUCUUACGAAAAUUCACGACUGAUAUCAUCUCGUUUUUCCAUUGCUUUUUACUCGCUACCCCAUACCAAGCUCAAGGACACUUGAUUUCUAUCGCUGGCUACGAUAUCCCCAUACGCUACUCAACAUCGCUACGAUUUCCAUUUUCUUUUUAUUCAUUUGGGCUUUCCGUUUUUAUGACUCGACUUAGCGACAUCCCUAUUCUUGCUACCGAAUCCUUGUUGUAUUUGUAUCUUGGAGUCGAUGCUUCGUUCUUGUCUCUUCGUUCUUGUACCUCGCACAUUACGAUUACCCCUACCUGCCUAGACUUCUAAUGACCUGAAUGACACGACUUUAUGAU